UUUUGGCGCGCGAAGCAUUUGAAUGACUACAGAUUUUUCUCCGUCAAAAUGCGUUUUAUUUUAUCGUUUUUCAUCACGUAGUUAGCAAUGGAUUUGGUAGAGUCGGGUGCUAUAUUCAACUUUAAACCUUUUAAUCCUCAAACGAGUCGAGAUAACGGAAAAGAUGAGACUCUAAACUCGUCUUCAAGGUCUACGUCAAGAUCUAACUCACGCUUCGAAGAACUGUUUUUAGCAAGUCCUAGAGCUCAGGAGCUGGUCUCAACAGUAGACCAAUCAUUGUCCUUCACACACUCAAGAUCCAGGAUUAUCUCUCCAAACAAGCAGCAAAGCUUUCUUCAUGAGUCACUUGCACAAACCCCAUCGUUAUCCAGCAAUCCUAGUAAAAACACUACCAACUUGAUGAACUCUGGUCUUGUAAACAUGCUGGAAUUCUUUAAAAGUGGUCAAAAACCAAGGAGUCAAGACAGCCAAUUCAAGCCAGCUUCGUGGUUUAGCCCAUUAAAGGCUUCCAGUCAUGAGGAAGAUUCACUAAGAACUCAAGUCACAGACGUUAUCAAUAAAUUAAGAACUCCUAUAAAUAGAAAAGAAAGUACGAGUAAUGAAGAUGGUCUGUGUAUGUCCCUCAAUGCUGACUCUGGUUAUGACGAUAGACAGAUGCAAAGCUGUAGUGAUGCGAUCACUGACAGCAUCGUCACAAGAAGUGGUCUUAGGAGCAUAACAUCGAACGGUCCUUGCCAGGUUUCACCAGGAUUUAUUUUAGAAUUAAGAAAAGAAAAUAAUGAUGAAGUUAGUGUUGGAGAACCUGAUGUUGCCGAAGCAACAGUCCAAGAUGAAGAUGUCGACGUUGGAGAACAUGACCAACAGAGUGAAGCAAGAACAGAACAUAUUGAAUCAACACAAAAACAAUCUCAUGAAUCAGCUGAGGAGUCAAUGGAUUGUAAUAUGGUUCCUGAAUGUGAUAUUCCUGAGAUUUCAGAUACCCCAGAAAAAAAACCUGACAAAGAUGAAACUAAAGAACCUGUCCCAGCUCAAUCACCAUCUAAAGUCAAACCAAGCAAGAAAGCUCAUCAUCUUUUUGGAUGGUACAUUAAAGCCAACAAAGCAAAAAAUGGCCCAAGUAUUAUUGUUGAAGGUCAAAGACGUGAAGAUCCAGUAGGCAAACUGUGGCACAGCACURCAAUAGUUAAUAGGAUAUCUCCUUUCCUGGUUGAAACAAAGCCCAAGUCACAAUAURUACUCAAGGGAAAGAUACUGGUUAAAGACACUAUAGAACAAGGGUUUUCAAAGCAGUUUGUUGAGGCAUUCACAAAUGGGUUUCCUUCCAACUGGGAACAACUUGUAAAAGAACAUUUUGAUUCCAUUUUAGAUGCCAGCUCAACAAAAGGAAAACAACCACAGAAAGCAAAGAAAUCAUCUGAGAGACAAAUAUCUGUAAUAAACAGAAAACCUACAACUAAAACACUAAAAACUCCUAAAAAUGAUGGUUUUAAACCAAUUGAAGUAGAGCUUAAGCGUACCAGUAGUGGUCGUCUGAUCAAACCUCCUCUKGCCUGGUGGAGAGGACAAAGAAUUUUGACAGACAGACAACAUAACCUCACUGCCAUUGACCCAGGAGGAGAAGAACACACCGCUUUGUCUGUUGGACUGUAUGACUUUGAYCUAAAGCUACCUAAGAAGAAAAGUGCCACUUUGCUGAAAUCAACAAUUAUGACACCCAAAGUUGCUAAAUAUAACAUAACUAAAACUAGCAGUCCCCGAAAAAAUCAGAGAACCAUGCUGCAGGGGAACAAGGAAAAGUCACAAAAAAGAAAUAUGAAGAGCAAAGURACAAGCUCACUUGAUAGCACUGAAAGUGAUUCAACAGACAGUACGUCUUACAGCAGCAGUAAGCAGACUAAAGACUCCAGUGAAAAACCUUGGACUUCACAAACUGAAAGUGAUGCGUCUUCAUUUCCAUGGGUUUUGAGACCAAAACUUGUUCCAUCCGAGGAGUCAUGGAGGCCAAGUGACAGUGAUAAUACAGCUACGAUUCCUAAGUCUAAGAAACMACAAACACAGAGUGACAGUGAUAGUACAGCUAAGAUUCCUAAGUCUAAGARACCRCAAACACAGAGUAACACAAGACUAAAACGCACAAGAAAGCAGCAUUCAGAGUUAUCGACGGAAGAAUCUGCCAAUAAUGAGGAGGACGAAGAUGAUCAUGGUGUUGUCAUGGUCACAAAAGAAAAUGUCAAAAGGAACAUUUCUUUCAGUGAUGAUGAUSUUAGCUCUAAAUCUUCCCAACAAAAAUUACCUCAGAAAAAAGGGAGCUUCACUAACUUGAACAGGAUGGAAAAAAACGGAAUUUCCUCAAACCCUUGUAAGCCUGUCAAAGUUGUCCUAGAAAAGAAUCACCAGCUAGCCAGAAGUAGAAAGCAAAUGAGGGAUGCAGAAAAUGAUAGUGAUGGCACUAUUAUUUAUAGCCGUAAUCCCAAUGAUAUUGACGAAAGUGAUGCUGUGAAAUCUAGCAAAGAUGUCUUAAGAACCAACACUCAGGUUGAGGAUUCUUCAAAGUUUAGAAAACCUUUGGGAUAUGCCAGGGAAUACAAUAAAAAUAAUACCGAAGGUCAGAGCUAUGCAGAAUCAAGUAGUGAAGAAAAUGGACAGCAAAGGAGAUCCUUAAGAACAAGGAAAGAAAGAAAUCAAGUUCAGAGAAAUAAUACCUCAAAUUAUAUAAACAACAGCCGAGACCAUAAGGAGUAUGAUUUGGGUCAUACAAGAAAAAGAAAUGGUUUUCGGAAGUACACUUCCGUUGUGGAAGAAGAAGAGGAUAAUUCRUCAUCGUCUGAUGGUGAAGAGGCUGAAGCAAACCAAAGAUCUAAACCUGGUAAUGCUCAAGAUAAAAAUAUCCAACAGAAGAAUACAGGAAAGGGUGAUGAAGAUGAUGURGAUGAGAGGGAUUGGAACGAAGAUGAAAUCUUCAGAUUGAGCGAGGCACUUCACUCAAUUCCGCUCAGCACAGCGAGGUUUUGGCAAAAAGUUUCCAAGUCAGUUGAAACGAGAACUGCACAAGAGUGUCAGUUGAAGUAUGAUAAACAGUUGAACUUGAAACCAAGAAAAGUGGUGAAACCAAAAGWGAAACAGCCAAAGGCUAAUCAGAAAGGUAAAGUGCAGAUAUUUUUCAAUGAACAAAAUGAUGAAGACAGUGAUGCAGUGGAGAAUGAUGAUGAUGAUGUUAAUGUUGAUGGUGAUGAUGAAGAGCGUAACCAAAUGGAUUUCAAAACUCCAARCAGUCGGACCCCAAGUAGUCGGUACAGACCCUUGGGACCUGUACRCAGCUCAGUGAAUACUCCAGGUUCUGAUUUGAUAAGUCCAAGCCUUCUUCAUCCAGUUAAUAGGUANGGUAUGGACCACUACAUUCAUCGUAUGAAACAAAGUAAAAGAGGAGUUGGACAGUACAGAAAACAAGACAAGAUGAAGGUGGUAAAGACAUCAACCCCCAAGAAAAAAGUUACCACUUUGAUUCCCAAGACCGAUGCUUCAAUAUUCGAUGUCCAGGAAGUACUAGAACAAGAUUCYGAUGGAGAAAAUGAUUACUAUUGGUCUGAUGAAUAGAGACAGGCAAAUGGUAGGGAAGCUAACUCUUCCUCUGCCUUCCUAGACUUAACAUGGCAUUGAAUUCUAGCRAUUUGUAGCAGUAAUGUAGUAGGGAUCUUUGUUAAAAUAGUGAUAGGGGUAUUUUUUAUCUUCAGAAGAAAAUCAUCUCAAACUUACUGGGCCCCUUCCUGUUGCCAAGCUAAAAUCCAGGCUUGAUUUGCAAUUUUAAAGAAUCCUUUUCAACUACAAAUGUGCAUUGUGCCCCUGUGUUAUUGUUUACAUUGUUAUGUGAUUCACUUUGUGAAAUUAUGAUUUUUUGGUAGUCCAACUAUAAGACAUCWUACUGURACUUUCRAAAUCUACCUUARAUUGGUUKCCWAAAUUUCUCAAAUCUUGCAGAAAGCUUUAAGUGACUAUGURCCAUUAUAUCAUKAUGGUCAUAACACAUCUAGCGGGAAUAACAAGACCAAUGUAAAUGGAUUCCAAAACUUCACCUGAAAAACURCCAUUUUGCCUGGCAGARAAAAUGGUGCUUUGCUAAGCAUUUCAUUUUUUCCAGUGCACAAUGCAUAGUAGUUGACUAUAGGAUUCUUYAAGUAAUAUUUCAAACAYGCGAGAGAGUUCUUACUCCGAUUUCCAAACAYUGAARAGUGAGUUGAAAAAACGAGGYGCAGCCUGACUUUGAGGUGUUUGGAAAUCGGAGGAAGAACUCUCUCAAGUGUUUGAUAUUACUUCUCAAACUAAUGAAUAUUUCUUGGAGAAAAUCAAAGAAAAAGUUUACGAAAUUUAAUGCAAAUUAAGAACACAUUUCCAAACCACCGUCACAAUAGUGAUUUGCUUUGUUUUUGCCUCAUUAAAUAUUCAUGAGUAUGAGAAAAAUAGAGGAAACAUCUACGGCUCAACAAACAAAAACAAAACAAACACAAAAAAGACUGUCCAUCUUAAAAAAAAAGAAAUGCUUCAACACUUUCACUUGACCAAUUUUCUUUCCUUGUCAUCAUAAACUUAUUUAAAAUCCAACCAUGCUUAGUAUACACUGAUCAGCAUUUCACAUGUGGGUAUUUUGUGGUGGAGUGUAGAUAAGAAUACUGUACAAAAACAUAAUAAUUUGGACACAAGGGAUCUGUCUUGGAUAGAGUUUUUACUUAAAAUUUCAAUUUAUGGAGGAACCAAAGUGUCUGAAAUCCUUUUAUAAGCAACUUGCUUACCACAUGGCAAAAGGACGAUGAUUAAAUCUUGUAUAUUUGCAUUUUUAACAUUUUUUCAAUGUAUCAAAGAAYGUGUUAUUGUUAAAUAAAACUUUUCACUCUCAAAA